GAGGAGAGAGCUAGGACGCCUGCUUGUUUCCCCUACACAGCUUUACGUACUGCUGCUUUGUUUUGUCACAGAAGUUACAGAGCUGCACAGGGAUUGGAUAGAUUAGAAGGUGAACCUGCACCCCAGCCCAUCCAAUCCCUGUGCAGUUUUACCCAGAUUAAAUGUAUGCGACAAAACGAGCAGUAGGGAAAGCUGUGUAGGGGAAGGAACAUGCAGGCUCCCUGCCUCCCUGCCUUCCCAAGUCUGGGCUCACGGAAUGCAAAUUUCUAUAUUUACUGCAGAUCCAUCGGAAGAUGGACAAUUAUUUUCAAGCAGCUGUUGUCGAUCUGGAUAAAUUGCUAGACGAUUUUGAGCAAAAUGCAGAAGUGCUGGAGAAUUGUCAGUCAUCAGGAGCAUCUCUUGGCUCAAACCAGUGCUCCCUAUACUCAGGCAACUUCUGCCAUCAGCCAGAAUUCUCAGCGCUUGGGAAACAACUGAAUGAGAAGAGCAGUCCACAACAGGCACUUUGUUCUACAGAUAAAGAUGUUGAUUUUCAAACGUUCUGUCCUGAGUCGUGUGCUGAAAAAAAUGUAACCGGCCUUGAUCUUUUAUCUUGUGUAGACGGUGGUGGUUCCAGUGAUGAUGUUUUAGGUCCGGGAAGAACAAGUGUGCCUGUUUGUGAUCUUAUCAGUGAUACAGGCAGCCUAAUUCAAAAGGAUACUAGUAGUGAACCAGAGAUAUCCAGCACACAUUUGUCUGAUCUGGAGUUACACUCUGACACAAUUAUUCAUACAGAAAAUACAGAAUCUUCCAUUUCUUGGCAAGUAAUUGCACUGGAUUGUGAACAUAGAACUUGGUUGCCAAUAAAUCAGCCAAAUCUGGUAGUGAUAAGUCCAAAAGAUGAUGGUUCCAACAUUAGUUUAGAUCAAGUUCUGGCAUGCAACUUGGAUCAAGAAAACAGAGCAACUGAUUCUGUUUCCAACACUGACACUGUUAGCAGCUCAAAUACCUCAACUAGUGAUGGUUAUGUUAGCGAUGAUCUUCCAUAUGAAACUUUAACAGAAGGACAAGAGUUUCUGGGGUUAAAAGGUGAAAAGGACACUCAGUGUUUACCGGGUGCUGACUACGAAGAGGCAAUGAAUGGAGGGUGCAUUGAAGCCUCUUGUAAAGAUGUAGCACAAAGUUCAGAUGUUGAGGUAAAAGGUGCUGUAGUCUGUCGUGCAGGCAGAGCUAAUAAAAAGCCUGCAUCAGACCAGGGACUGCCUGUUCUAGGAACUAUAAUUGCCUCUCAUUGUACAGGUGACAUGUCUGAUGUUUCCACGGACUCCUCUGUGUCUGUAGACAAUAGUCAGAUGGAAUGUUCAGUGCAGAAAGGGGUUUUAUCCUCUGAAAUAAAUCAGUGUAUUACGCCUUGUACAGAAAAAAACACAGCUACACAAAAUAAUGGCAUGAGGGCUGCUGACAGCAUUUCUUUUACUGUAUUAAAAGAUGACAAAGGACUGGAUGUAGAUUAUGUGCAAGCAGGGCAUCUGCCUUCUCUAGCUAAAGAGGUUGAUGUGCAAGAAAUCAAGAAUUUAGAACAGAAGAAAAACACUCCAUAUCACCUCCCAACAGCUUUGGCACCUAAUGCAAUGGAAUCCAGAAAGAAGGAGCAGAUCUUAGAUAUUGCGCCAGUUUCCAGUAGCGAAUUUAAAGAAGACUUUUUACAUGAUCUAAUAAGUAGUAAUGUGUUAAGUGAAGCCUAUAUCAGUGAUGCAGAACUUGAUGCUUUCCUUAAUCAGGAGGAUGGAGACUUAAGCACCCAAUUUACAUUGCACAAUGAUUGUCCACCGUAUGACUUUAUUUGUUCUAAUAAUUCACCUGCUGUUGAUGAAACUGCAGGUGGCUUAGGUACAGACAGCUCCAGCUUUACGGCAGACUGCUCACCAGCAGUGAGCAGUCUACCAAGCUACACAAGCAAACAGGAGAGCAGUGUUUUGGGUGCACAGUCACAAGUUAAAAUAACUUCAGAAAAUUCUCUUCCUGCAGCUGUAAAAGAUGGCGACAAUUCAAGCUCACAUAAAGGAGGUGCAAGGCCCAAACAGCUCUUUAAUUCACAUCCAAAACUUUUGCCUGAUAUUUCCCAGAAUACUUUAGUAAAUACAGAUGGACAAGGCAAUAAUAAGCCUGAGCAGAGCAGUGCAGACGUUACUCCCAGCAGCCCUAUUGGUAUUGCUGAAGCACAACCACAUGAUUUAAAUAUUUCCUCUGUUUUGGGCAAAUCCGCAAACACAAAUGGAAGUUCUGAGCUAAACAGGAAAGAAAAAGGGUGCAGAUCUGAAAAUGGAACUUCACAGAACCCUGUCCUGGGUCAAAGACAGCCAACCUGGAUCCCUGAUUCAGAAGCUCCUACAUGCAUGAACUGCAGUGUUAAGUUCACAUUUACAAAACGGAGACACCAUUGCCGUGCUUGUGGAAAAGUCUUUUGCGCUGUUUGUUGCAGUCAGAAGUGGAAAUUGCCAUAUAUGGACAAGGAAGCAAGAGUUUGUGUUGUGUGUUUUGGUUUAGUAAGUAAAGUACAGGCUUUUGAAAGGAUGAUGAGCCCAACUGGUCCUAGCCCAAAUCCCAAUGUCCCCUCUGAGUACUGUUCUACCAUCCCUCCUUUGGUGCAGGCCCAGGCAGCAGGCACACUUAACUCACCUCCGCCUACUGUUUUGGUACCUGGCUCAGUACUUAAACAACCAGGAGUCCAAGGGAGUCAAAAAGAGCCGAAAAGAGUCUGGUUUGCUGAUGGCCUUCUACCUAAUGGGGAAGUUGCAGACACAACCAAAUUUUCAUCUUUUGUCAAGAGAUCCUCACAAGACUUAAGUCCAGAAGCUUGCAGCUUACCAGAUUCUCCCAUGACCACUGAUGAGAUACCCAAUAACCUAAAUGAGCACGAAAAAGAGACAGGUUUGGAGACCUCUCCAGUAGACUCAUGUAUGGAGAAAUCCUUACCAGAGGCCCUAAGUGCCUUUAAAGUCAGCUCUCCAUCAGACUAUUCAAUGCUGUGUGGGCUUGAUAAAUGUGUCAGCCGAGAUGUGAGUCUAAUACCAGAUGAUGAGGAAAGGCUGCCGCCUCUCUUACUGGCUUCUGGCGAGGGUGGAGAUGCUCUCAUAGAAAACAGUCCUACUAAUAAAGAGGUCUUGUUGCUUUUGGAAGAGGGGCUUAGCCUAGUGACCUUCAUUCUUAAUGCAAACCUCCUUCUUAAUGUCAAGAUAGUAACCUAUGCCUCUGAAAAAUGCUGGUUUUUCUCAACAAAUGGAUUACAUGGCCUGGGUCAGGCAGAAAUCAUAAUUCUAUUGGCUUGUUUAGAAAAUGAAGACAUUCUCCCAAAGGAUAUGUUUAGAGUUUUUAUUGAUAUUUACAAAGAUGCUCAAAAAGGAAGAUAUGUAGGCAAUCUGGAAAAUAUUACAUUUACUGAAAGCUUUCUCAGUAACAAGGAUCAUGGUGGAUUCCUAUUUUUUGCCCCUACUUUUCAGGAUCUAACUGGCCUUCCUUUACCCAACUGUCCAUUUUUGUGUGGGGUUAUUAUCCAGAAAAUGGAGGUGCCUUGGGCAAAAGUUUUUCCUAUUCGCCUUAUGCUUAGACUGGGAGCUGAAUCUGGUGCGUACCCCUGUCCACUGAUGAGCAGAAGACAUCGAAAGCCAUUAUUUGGAGAAAUAGGACAUACAAUAAUCAAUUUACUAACUGACCUUAGAAAUUACCAGUACACAAUUCCACAUGUUGAUGGUUUGCUAAUACACAUGCAAGUGGGGAAAAUUUGCAUCAAGAUCCCUUCAAGAAGACAUAACGAAAUCCUUAAGGUGAUUCAUGCUUCUAAUGAGCAUGUCAUAAGCAUUGGUGCUAGCUUUAGCCUGGAGGCAGACUCUCACCUGGUGUGUGUCCAGAACAGCGAUGGAAUCUACCAAACGCAAGCAAACAGUGCUCCUGGAAAGGACAGAGAAGUUACGGGGGCAAGUUUUGUUGUUUUCAAUGGAGCUCUGAAAACGUCCUCGGGAUUUCUUGCCAAGUCUAGUAUAGUAGAAGAUGGACUAAUGGUACAAAUAAUGCCAGACAUGAUGGAAGCUCUACGGCAAGCGCUCAGAGACAAGAAGGAUUUCCGAAUUCCAUGUGGAAAGAUUGAUUCUUCAGACUCAACAGAAGAGGUUACUAUUUGUUGGGUGGAGACAGAAGAAAAGCAAAACAAAGGAAUCACAAGCCCCAUUGAUGUCCAAUCUAUGGAGGGAAUUCCAAGUGAGAGAAUUUGUCAGGAAACAGACUUUGAAGUCAAUGAUAAAACUGUUAAAUGUACAGAGGUGUUUUAUCUGUUAAGGGAUCAUGAGGCAAACAGUGCCAUGGCUCAUUCUCAGUUUGCAAAGGAGAUAGCCACAGCCUGUGCCGCUGCUCUUUGCCCUCACAUCAAGACUUUGAAGAACAGUGGAAUGAAUAGGAUUGGCCUGAGAGUCUCUAUGGAUAUUGACAUGGUUGAAUAUCGAGCAGGAUCAAGAGGGCAGCUUCUUCCUCAGCUUUACUUGAAUGAUCUAGACUGCGCCCUUAUUCCAGUCAUCCACAACAGAACAUCAGACACAAGCAUUUUACCUCUGGUGAUGGAGCUAAUCUUUUUCUUAACCGAAAACCUGAAUUAACUCUGAUCAGAGAAUGCAGUGUAUUGUCUUUGUGAAACAAGGGUCACUUUGCUAAUUCCAGCCUUCCAGGUUCAUCAGCUGUACCCCUCUGAGGAAUGUGGCAGAACAAAACAAGCCUCAGUGUUGUAUAAGGUUUGGUUAAAUAAUCUCCUAUGUUAUGCAUCCAAUCAAUCUCCUGUUUCCUAUACUUUGUGUUGUGUCACAUUCUCCAUCUCCUUUUCAUCCUUUGACACAUUUGUAUACUGCAGGCUAACACUCUUAAUAAGUGCCUGGUAUUUGUAAAUGACCAGAGGACUGGAAGCUGCCUUGGGAAGUGUUUUGUAGCAUCACUAACACACAAGUCAGCCUUCGCUGUUUCAUGGAAGAGAGAAAAAUAAAACAAAGUACGAGGUCGCUAUAGAUAUACUUUGUGACUAAGCAGUAUUUAAAUAUUUUACAUCAGAACUUUUUAAAACAUUGUGCCCUUUUGAAGGUAUGUAUUUAAAAUCAAUUGUGUGCAGUCUAAAAAUGGAAAACCGAUCCAUGUAUCUAAUGAGCCAAUUCAUACAUUUUUUACUUUUUUUUCUACAUUAACACAUCUUAAGGAUUAAUAUAGCAAAUGGUCAUAUGUAGCAAACAUGCAUGGAACCUUAAUGCCUAUACUUGCCCUGGUUUAGGGACAGGCCUGCUCUGAUGUUAUGGGGUUUAUGAAGUUAAACGGACAUGUGUGUAUGCUAUAAGUUACAAAUCAGAGCCUGUUUUUCUUUAAAAACUAUAAUAUGUAGAUUGGCUUCUUUCCAUAAAUGCUGUUAUAAAGUAGCUAUAGCAAGAGGAUGCCUGGUACCAAACAUUCUGCCUGUAGAUUCAUUGCCUGGGGUGAUAUGGUAGGGGAUAAUACAUACUUUGCAAAAAGCAUAAUCAGAGUAAUAUACAAUCCAAUUUAAAGGGCACAUAUCACUGAAAACUUUUUUCACCCACUGGAGGUGCAGGCUUAUAGACCCUACACUUCAGCUGGGGGAAUAUUUUCCACAAACAUUUUGCUUUGCUAGCUCUUUGCCUCGAUACUGGUGGCUAUGUUUGCUGAUGUGUUUGGGCAUGAUGAGUGGGUUCCCUGGCUCACUCAUUAUGUGUGUGACAAUGUAGCGAUGGCUGCGCUUUCCAAGAUUAUGUAACACAAUGAGCAAGUUGUGGCACUCAAUAUGGCCACCUACCCCAGGAGCUCUCACCUGUUGCACGUUGCUUAGUGCCGGAGAGGGGCAUAUUGUUUUCCACUUAUACCAAUAAUAUGGGCUCUAUUAUUUUUUUUAAUGCUAGGUGCCCAUUAAGUAUACAGACAUUCAGUUUUUGCAGAGAGCCCUUUAGGGGGCAGUAGUGUACAAACAUAAUGAAAUUAUUGCAAAGCUCAGACUGACCAAGGCCUGGCAAAGUUAAACUGUGCAUUGCUGUGUUCCUAGCAUGACUUGUGUUCUGCUAGACAUUAGAGGGCUAUUUUGAUAAACCAGAUGUGAGAGGAUAGAGAGGACUUUAUUAUUUGGUCCCAUGUUGUAUUCUUCACUUGUGUGCAGCAGUUAGACAUGUUGUGUUGCUGUAUAUUUAUACCUGAAAAUGCAAGGCUCUCAGCCAAAGUACUGUUUGCUAAAAUGUCCUAUAUGUAGCAGGGUUUUCUUUCUCACUGUUAAUCAGCUAAAAAGUGCUUUUAUAUUGUUUGUCCAGUUAGUUGCCUGCAGUAAUUGUGCUGUGAGGUGGAACUCAUUCGCCAAGAGGAUUUCGGUAAUACAAAUAGGUUAAGGCCAGGACUGAAAGGCUGAGUCUGGGUUCUUAAUUGUCCAUUUGUUUGUGAAAUGACAUGAUCAUACUUUCUGUGUGCCAGCUGUAGUCAUUAUACUAGGAUCAUGCAGGAACAGCGGGAGAGCCAAUGAACUGUGUGCCCAGUAGAUGAAAAGGGCACACAAUUAGUGUGCUCGAGGGCCCAAGGUGGCUAUUGAUUGUUUAAGGGAGCAAUAUGUGCUACCUGCUCAUUCUUAUAGUACUGUACUAAUAUUCUGUGUGUGUGUGUUAAAUACAAUGUUGGUUGAGUGAGGCAAACACAAGGCAUGUUUUCUAUGGCUUCAUGGUGCUGGGGCUCAUUAUUUGCACCUGGGCAGUGACCUAUGACAACCAAUUAAACGUUUGCUUUCAGGGUUCUACCUGCAGCUGUCUGUAAAAUGCUAAUCACUUCAAGUUUCAGUAACCGUUUUUCUCACAUUGAAGCUUCUUCUAAACUCUAAACUGCUUUCCAGCCUCUUUACUUGGACACUAAGGGGAAUAUUUAUCAAAUUGUAAAAAUUAAAGCUCACCCACACUAUGAAUUCCUAUGGGAUAUUUAGAAGCGUGUUUAUCAAAGCUUGAAUUCUUACUUUCACCCAUUGAUUAAUAUGUUUCUAAAAAUCCCAUAGCAAUGAAUAGAAAGUGGGGGAGUUUUUCUGUAGUGGGCUCUAGUUUCACAUUUUGAUAAAUCUACCCAAACUUAAGAUAGGGAAGCCCUAUGGGGUACUUAGGGCAUUGAAAUAUUAAGCUGAUUUCUGGCAAACUGUCCUGCAUUAUUGUCUUUUCCAUCUGAUGAGUUGUUGGGGAUACAACUGUCAGAUUUGAUUGCACUAAUUCUCUUAUCAUUGUAUAUCAAACAAAAAUCAGCAGCGAAACAUUAUAAAGACCAUAGAAAAUCUGGAAAAAAGAACAUAGAAAUGGAUACAUUUCCAGCUAGCCAGCAGAAGUCACCUUUGUCGCUAAGGCUUGCUUACUAUUAAUGAAAAGAUCACUAGUGCCACACUGUUAACUGAUAAAUAAUUAAUAUACAGGAACAGUCUGUUUUCCCCUUAAGCACUUUAGUGUAAAGGAAUCUCAUUCAGGCAAGGUGGUUCUUUGAUUCUUACUGAACUACAACAGCCAUAAUGAUGAUGCGUAGUGCUGUAGUUCAGCAAGUUGGUGAAUAUGACAACGGUUGUGUGGAAGUAUCUGGUGGGGUGGUCACAGGACUUGAUUAGAGUGAGUUUACUCUGUGACAUCCAGUCCGUCGUACCAUAUGUGAUCCACUUUGUCCCUGGCUCUUGUCAGUUUGCAGUCCAUGUAAAUUUGUGCUGUAAUAUUUUAUGUUAAUCUUGAAUUUUAAGUGUGUAUAUAAAUAUAUAUAUCAUGCUUUGUGAUUUAUAAUCCCUUCAAUACCAGAGACAAGUGUCUGCCUCUGCGGAGCCAAAGGGUUCAUUUUAAAUAAGUUUAUAUGCAAGAGAUAUCUAUUUAGGUACAGCACUACUGUAUAGAAUAGGCAACAUUGUUACUUUAUAUUAUUGUUUAAGCAAUAAUUAUAAAUGCACAUAUCUAUAUAUUUUUGUAUUAGAAUAAACUGUGACAUUACUUCUGA